AUGACCGGAGUAUUCGACCGAAGGAUUUCCAAUUUCAAGCCGGCAGAUUUUCAAAACGCUUUUCAGAUCUCCGCCAUGCAUCAUCCGUCUCAGGAAUCUCCUACUCUCCCCGAAUCUACAGCCACGGAUUCAGGCUACUACAGCCCUGCUGGAGGAGUCCACCACGGCUACUGCUCACCCAACUCCAGCUCUUAUGGAAAGCCUCUGAAUAGUUAUCCAUAUCAGUACCAUGGAACAAAUGGACCCGCUGUUGGAAAUUAUACUGCAAAAACGUACCCUGACUAUGGCUCAUAUCCCAAUUCUGCAUACCACCAAUAUGCUGGAUCAUACAACAGAGUGCAAUCACAGCCGAGUCCUCAAGAAAAAGAGACGAUCGAACCUGAAAUCAGAAUGGUGAAUGGAAAACCGAAGAAAGUGCGGAAACCUCGCACAAUUUAUUCGAGUUUUCAGCUGGCGGCACUGCAGAGACGCUUUCAGAACACGCAGUAUCUGGCACUGCCAGAGAGAGCCGAGCUGGCAGCAUCUCUUGGGCUCACACAGACACAGGUGAAAAUCUGGUUUCAGAACAAAAGGUCUAAGCUGAAGAAGAUCAUUAAGAAUGGAGACCUGGCGCCCCCGGAGCACAGCCCCAGUUCCAGCGACCCAAUGGCAUGUAACUCCCCUCAGUCUCCGGCUGUGUGGGACUCACAGGCUUCUUCCAGACCUCACCACCAAGCCCAAAAUAUCAACACUGCCACAUCCUCGUACAUGGAAAACAGUAGCUCUUGGUUUUCCCAGAAUGGGCCAGUGAAUUCCCAUCUUCAGCCCCCAAGUUCGUUACAGCACUCGCUGGCUCUCGGAGCAGGAACGUUGUACUGAAAAUUGUGUUAAUACUGUCGUAUCGGACUAAUGUUUUAAUUUGCUGAAGAAUAUGCAAUGUACUGAUUUGACAGGAAAAACGUGUAUAAUGUGUAAAUGUGUGCAUGUAAUUUAUUUGCAUUUGGACGACUUAUUAAAUGUUUUUUUCAAGGAC